AUGGCCGUUUCGCCAAACCCUCCAGUACACGGGUUCUUCCGGGCCCUGAUAGUAGCCCUAUAUGCUGUAUCAUCCGUCCAUGCCAUCGCUUUUCAGACUCCCCUAGCUACAGCCGGCGAGAAUGAGCAGUUUCCGGCACUGCCCACAGCCGGUGUGCCAGUUGGCAAGGCACAUCAAAUCAACCAACGUGACUACACUCGAACAAUCACAGCAUCGGCUACUGUCUGUGGCUAUCGUGACAACGACAUAGACAUACCGUUUACCUGUGGUAAUACUGAUUAUCACUGUGCCUUGCACACCUCGGAUUCCUACUAUAAUGCGCUGCUCGGCUGCUGUCCGAACUCGGGUUCUUAUGAUUGCUCAUUCCGAACCACGUGCUACGACUAUAACGAGAUUCAGGAGUCCUCUCUUAUCUCGUUAUUUACGGAUCCACACGUCUUGCUUUGCUCGGAGACCGCGUCGCCUGGGUGCAAGUCGUUCAACUGGCCCGAACUGGGGGGCGCCUCGUAUUUUGCGUGCGAAUCCACCAACACCGUCCACACGAUCUAUACCACAGCUACUUAUACCUCCAGCGACGGAACGGUUACUGUCGCUGUGGCAACCAAUUCGUACGUCGAUGCUGCGGUCGUCGGGACUAGUACAACUACCCAAAGCACGACGACGGACUCCUCCAGUUCGGCUGUUUCGACUGUGUCACACUCGGCCACGACCACCGGACCUGUCAGCACCAACACUGGGAACGGGAACAGUUCUUCUAAGAAGAGUAGCACCCCAGUCGGCGCCAUAGCGGGCGGCGUAGUAGGCGGCGUGGUGGGCAUCGCUCUCCUGGGAGCUGCCGUGUGGUUCCUGUUGAGGAAAAGGCGAAACAACCCGCAAGAACAGCCUGCUGCUAGUCCGGCAUAUGGUCCCGCUGGACCCUAUAAUCAACCGCCCUAUAGUCAGUACGCAUACGGUCAACCGGCAUAUAGCCAAGUACCGACGGGACCAGAAGGGGUCCCAGGCUUGACUGGGGUAGGAACAAAUGACUAUGUCCAUAAAUAUCCCGAGUCUGCAAGUGGUGGAUAUAACAACUUGCCAGCCGAGCUGUCCUCGACCAGUGCCCCGUCGGAGUUGCCCUCUCAUCCUGAGAGAAGAUGA